AUGUUCUCGUUAGCAGCUGCGGCGGCGAAAAGCGUCCGACACUCCCGACAAAUAUCCAUUAUAAUUUUGGCAAUUUUUGCCAAUUUCUCCUCGGCGUGCGUGGCGACACGUGGCGGAGGUACUGUGCGAACCACUACAGUACCGACAGUGACCACAACCACAGUACCUGGGGAAACAACGACCACCGUCAUCACAACAACGACAGUCGCAGCAGCGUGCGCGCCUGAGCAAAUCAUAUUCGGCACCAGCAUGGGAAACGAAGUUGAUGUCACUUUUACAGAUUAUGUCGUCGACAAUGCUUCUCAAACCGCCUCGAUGACGAUCACGUGUAGUGCGGCCGCCGGAAUGUCGGUGUUCAUGGAAUUCAACGUCGAUCAAGGAGGGCCUUCGCAAAAUUUCCUACCGACCGUCAACGCCCCGGUGACAUGCGAAGACGGACAAUGGGUAUUCAGAGAAACAGUUGGUGGAGCUGAGUUCACCAGAACUAUUCAACAAGUCAACUGCUUCCAAGUUUGA